AUGGCCUCCCUGUCAGGUGUGGGGGCCGUCCUUAGGCCUGCUGGCUCGCCCGAGGCCGCCGGGCUCUUGUGGCUCAUGCGUCAGCUGCCCACCAAAGGGACUGCCCACCGCCAAGCUGUGUGCCGCAACCGCACGCCUCUUGCCCUCCCCUGCCUCGCUCGCUCACUGCCUCCACUCCUGGCUCGCCCUCUGGCUCGGGAUAUGUUGCUGGGUAGCUGGGUUGGAGUGACUGGAUCUCUAGCAACCAUUUGGCGGUUGGCAACCCUGUUACCAGCAGGAGCCCCCCACCACCACCACCACCACCGCUAUGGUAAAGGCGACGUGUUUGGUGACAUCUUCUGGAAGGAGACCACCCUGGCCCACGCUUGCGCUAACGUGCGGGCCUUGACCUACUGCGAUUUGCACAUUAUAAAGAGGGAGGCCUUGUUGAAAGUUUUGGACUUUUAUACCGCAUUUGCAAACUCCUUUUCAAGAAAUCUGACACUCACCUGCAACCUGAGGAAAAGGAUCAUUUUCCGAAAAAUCAGUGAUGUCAAAAAAGAAGAGGAGGAGCGCCUUCGGCAGAAGAACGAAGUGACCUUGAGCAUCCCGGUGGACCACCCUGUGAGGAAACUCUUCCAGAAAUUCAAGCAGCAGAAGGAAAUGCGAAACCAAGGGGUAACGAUAAUCGACCCGGAGAAGAACACGCUCCAAGUGGAGACACGGGCCAUGCCGAACGGGGCCGCCAUCACUGGCACGAGCGUGGUCACGGUGUCCCAGAUCACUCCCAUCCAGACGUCACUAUCUUACGUGAAAACCUGCGAGGUCAUCAAACAGAACAAUCGGGAAUCCAUGGAGCUGAAACCGAAUGGAAACGGCGAUUCCAAAUGCCUCAAGGUUACCAGUCCCGUGAGGGUGAAAAACGGGAACGGGAAAGGGUGGCUUCGGUUAAAAAACAGCAUGGCGGGUCAAGAAGAGAAAAAGGAGGACUGGAAUAACGUCACCAAGGCCGAGUCGUUGGGGUUGUUGUCCGACGACCCCAAGGGCGCCGACUCAGAGAACAUGACGAAAAACCCUCUGAGGAAAACGGACUCUUGCGACAGCGGGAUAACUAAAAGUGACCUUCGUUUGGACAAAGCCGGGGAGAACCGCAGCCCCCUGGAGCACAGCCCCAUCCAAGCCGAUGCAAAGCACCCUUUCUACCCCAUUCCCGAACAGGCCUUACAAACCACUCUCCAGGAAGUGAAACACGAACUCAAAGAAGAUCUCCAGUUGCUCAGCAACCGGAUGGCUGUCCUGGAGAAGCAGGUGGCCGAGAUUUUAAAAAUACUAUACGACAAGAACGUGUCCCAAACACCUUCCCCUCAGUCCCAUUUACCUCUGCAGCUACCGCCCCAAAUACCUUGUCAGGAUAUUUUUAGCGUAUCGAGGCCAGAGUCCCCCGAAUCAGAAAAAGAUGAGAUCCACUUUUAAUAUAAUACGAUGCCUAUUUCUCUUUAUAUACGUAUCCUAGGCGUAUAUUGGGCGUACACACUGCGCACACACAGACACGCAAAAGAGAUGCACACAUAUAGAAUGUGUGUGUGUUUAUAAACAUGUGUGUGUGUGUAUAAAGUAAAUAUAUAUAUAUAGACAUAUAUAUUUUCACUUCCAUUCAAUAUGACUUGAACACAGAACAAAAAUGGAUUUUGAUAUGUAGAUUUAUUGCAUGUCCAGCUGGAUUCUGGUCUGCCAAGUUAUUAUCAUAGAUAUUGCUUGUAUAUGAUGCAGUUGACUGCAUGCACACUUUCAAUUUAUUUAUAAUCUCUAUUACAAAAUAAAAAAGGAUGAAUUUUGUUUU